AUGGUCAAGAAGCGCACGCUGAGCCCGCUUCCGGCCUUCGACCAGCACGCGCUGCCCGCCUUCCUGCAGACGCACGGCUUCAAGGAGCUGCACGCGCUGACGAUCUGGCGCCACUUGGCCCAAAACCCGGAGGCGUCGUUCGAGGACAUCCCGGGCAUCCCCAAGACGCUGCGAGCGCUGCUGGGCGAGCACUUCGCGCACUUCACGACGUCCGUGACCACGGAGCAGCGCUCGGCCGACGGCACCGUGAAGCUGCUGCUCAAGCUGCAGGACGGUCACGAGAUCGAGGCCGUGAUCAUGCGCCACAAGGGCCGCAACACGCUCUGCGUCAGCUCGCAGGUGGGCUGCCAAAUGGGCUGCACGUUCUGCGCCACGGGCACGCUCGGCAUCAUCGCCGACCUGUGCAGCGGCGAGAUCCUGGAGCAGCUCGCGCACGCCAACCGUGUUGCGCCCAUCCGCAACGUCGUGUUCAUGGGCAUGGGCGAGCCGCUCAACAAUUACGACGCCGUGCUGGCGGCCAUCCGCGCCAUGACCAAGGUCUUCGGACUCGCGCCCAAGUACAUCACGCUGUCCACGGUGGGUGUGAUCCACCGCAUCAAGCAGUUGUCGCACGACGCGCCGCUCGUGCGCUUGGCGCUGUCGCUGCACGCCCCCACGCAGGAGAUGCGCAGUGAAAUUGUCCCCACGUCCACGGCCUACCCGCUCGACAAGCUCAUGGCGGCUAUUGACGAGCACUUGGCGAUGAAGUACGUUGAUAUAUUCUGUUACGGUGAGGCUUUAUGCUAA